CGCUUAUUUUGUUCAAUAAAGGCAGAUAUUCAGAGGAUACUCAAAAUGCUUGUAAAAUUACUUUUCAUAUCCUCUUUAGCUUCUGUUCUAGCCGAAGCUCCUUUGAGUCGCCAACGUUCUGCGCCUUAUGCCCCAGCUGGUUUUCGGCCGCAAAAACCUUUUCAUUUACCUGGAGAAUAUCUACCUCCCACAGUUGAUGAGUCCGCUCUAAGUGGCCAGCAAGAAUUCGAUCCAAAUCAAGGAUUUUCCUAUGAAAUUACCCGGCAACAAGUGGAUUUUGCAGGUCAAGAGGUUCAAUCGUUUCCCAUAAGCCAACCUCACAGGGCAUAUGGCCCUCCACCUACAAGUGGCACUGAUCAACAGCCCGGCCAAGAUUUACCCCACCACAAUAGCGGUCGGCCAUUUUUUGACCAACCACCUAGAAGACCAGCAGCUGGCGGUCAAAAACCCUCCCAAGGCAGACCUCCCACCCGUUUUCCACCUCAACAAGGACCUCAACCCAGCUAUCCUCAACAGGGAAUUUUCCCCACCCAACGUUUACCCAAUCCCACUACAGAUGAACGUUUCGAACCUCAACAAAAUCUGCCCGCAGCCCAACAGCAACCUGCUGCUCAAUAUGGAGCCCCCAUUAAUGUAGAUCCUCGCUAUGCAGCUCCUCAGGAGCAACAACAGGACAAUAUUGAUGAAUUACAAAAACAAUAUGCCUUGGAUGCUCUAAAAGCGGCUGUGGACAAUUAUAAUCGUCUACAGGAAAAUACCUCUGACAGAAUUACCCAGGGACAAUAUUUUGUUGUAAAUCCCGAUCAGACCAUACAAAAGGUGCAAUUUACCACCAAACAAAGCGACCAGGAAGCCGAAACCAAUGAUUUCACUGCUGAAUUGAAAUAUACAAAAGUGGGAGAGCUAAAAGAUCCCCUUUACAAAUACAAUGCCGAGGGCCAGCUAGUACGUAUAGUUAAAAAAUAA